CCGGAGGGCGGGGGGAGCUGAGCGCGCCGUCCGACACGUGAGGCUCAUGUGACGGAGCCCAGUCUGUCUGUAGCUCAGAGACGUGCCUGCAGUCACAGGGUUUAUUUAACACGUAGUCAAAAACCCACCCAGCUCUCACACAUCGACGGGCGUGGAUCCUCCCAGACUCACAACUGAGCCCGGACCUCAGGGUGACAACACACACCAGUCCAGCCACAGCGGGAGCGCACGCACCAAGACGCACCGGGACGCACCGCGCACUUUGGCGGCGAUUUUUUCCCACUCAUUUGUGUCAUUUUUUUCGCAUUUAACUGCGACUCCAGGGAGGAAUUUGGAUCAUUUUAACGACUCUUUGAGGUGAUUUAUUCCUGUUUUUUUUUGUACGACAUGGAGAGGAUUACCAGUGCGCAACCACCUCCCUGUGUGCCCAAACACCCUCCGUUGGAUAUAUCUGACAUGCAGGGAAUGGAUUUUCCCAUUUACGUGUACAAAUCCAGGAGAGGCAUGAAGCGAGGAGAUGAAAACAAGGAGACCUACAAGUUGCCACACCGACUGAUCGAAAAGAAAAGGCGAGACAGAAUCAACGAAUGCAUCGCCCAAUUGAAGGAUUUGCUCCCAGAACAUCUGAAACUGACGACGCUGGGCCAUUUGGAGAAAGCCGUGGUGCUGGAGCUGACUCUGAAGCAUGUGAAGGCUCUGAGCAGCCUCCUGGAGCAGCAGCAGCAGAAGAUCCUGGCCCUGCAGAAGGACCUGCAGAUCAGUGAUCAUGGCGGGGAGAACCCGGAGAACAGCGAGGAGAUGUUCCGCUCCGGUUUCCACCUCUGCGCUAAAGAGGUUCUCCAUUAUCUUGCGACUCAAGAGACCAGCCGAGACCUGACCCCCUCCCACGUCAUCAGCCACAUCCACAAGGUCGCCGCCGAAGUCCUGCAGCACCGAGGCGUCCCAGACGAGCCCGUCCAACAGGCGUCGGAGAAGCUGAAGAAACCGGUGGGACAACCGCCGAGGGCUCCGUUGUCUUCGGAGGGUCACGCUAAAAACUGCGUCCCCGUCAUCCAAAGGACUUACCCCCACGGGACGGGGGAGCAGAGCGGCAGCGACACGGACACCGACAGCGGCUACGGCGGCGAGCACGACAAGCCCAAAGCCCAGUGGUCGGAAAGCGGCGGCGCCAGGGAGGGCGAGGUCAAGAACGGCGCAUCCGAUCGCAUCAAGCGGGAAAGCGACGAACCUCAGGCCAAGAGGUCGAGGUGCGACUCCUUGGACGACAAGAACAGGGAUUCCUACGUGAGCUUCUCCCCCAACCAGCCCCCGUUCUGCCUGCCCUUCUACCUCAUCCCCCCGGCGGCUGCGGCGGCGGCGGCGUACCUCCCCAUGCUGGAGAAGUGCUGGUACCCCGGGGGGAUGCCGGUGGUCUACCCCGGCAUGAGCAGCCUUCCCCAGGAGACGCUCCCCUCCUCCUUGGUGAUGUCCCCCAGGCCCGGCUCUCCGGUUCCCCACCCGCAGACCCCCGUGGACCCCCCCACUCUUCACAAAGCUUUAAAGCAGGUCCCCCCCCUGAACCUGGAAACCAAAGACUGAGCAGAACUCUGUGGGAGUCUGAGGGUCGACCGACAAACAAACGAAAAAACAACAAAAACGCACUGGUAUCCUUCCACGGCAGAUGUUGCUUGACCCGUCAGAACGUAGACCCCCCCCACCCUCCCGCUACCACCACCCUUUCCUCAUCUACUCCUCACACACUGAAACUGGACUUGGGGGGAAGAAGGGGGGGGGGGGGGGGGACUUGAAGUGCCCAUGUGACUCUGUUGCAUGGCUCUGAAUCACUGUGAACUCGGUCAGUUUGUUUUAAGUCUGCGAUCGUAGGGGGUCGUCCAGGCUCUUCUUCGCAGCGUUGAAUGUCAGAAGUAAAACCAGAAUGUACGCCACAGAUAAGCCCCUCCUCACGCUCCCAGAAUGCAUUUGGACCUACUUUUUGUUUUGCACGCACACCAGUCUGUAAUGAAUGUAAAGAUGGAACAAAGGCCCCUUGUAGAUGCUGCUUCAUUUCUUCUUCUUCUUCUUCUUCUUCUGUUCACCUGCCGUAGAUCCGACACCGGAGGAUCUACUUUCAGCGCAACAACAAACCACCGUUUAGACUAGAAUGUUUCCGAGCCCACGUCUGGCGAACGCUGACCAGAACCACACCUUCUCCUUCUGACCCAUGACCCUUCGUUCUUCAUUUGCGGACGUUUUAAAGAAUUCAGGGCGUCGUCGCUGUACGAGGUGCGUCACUUACGAUGUGGCCAUACGAGCUUUUUACGAUGUUGAAUUUGUGACUCAUGACUCGUCGUGCUUCUAGAUGGAGUUCCUGUGAAGUAAUGUCUGUGUAAUUAUCUUCCUUUCUACUACUUGUACAUCUCUAUUUUUGAUACGUUGACCCGCUGAGUGUAUUUUUGCGUCGCUACCGAGAGGAAGAGCGCGGUCCGCCACGAUUUUCUUCUUCUUCUUCUUCUUCUUCUUCUUCUUCUUCUUCUUCUUCUUCUUCGCCCUACAAAUUCCCAGUUCCCGACGUUAGCUCAUGCUGUUGCCUUUACUCGUUUAACGCAGACACAACAGCAGCAGAUGUUUGACUAUAUUUGCUUUAACUGUGUCUGUGGCAAAGAGAGUGAAUGUAAUCAAACAAAAAUAAUAGUUUUGUAUAGAAAGAGGUACUUUGGAAUUUUUAUUUUGCAAUGUAAUACAAGGUUGUUUGUUGUAUAUAUUUUGUAUAUAACGUAUUAUUGAUAUAUAUUAAAAUAUUAAUAAAGCUCUUUUUUUUUCCCCUGUGGAA